AUGAGACGAAGCGCUAUAUGUAAAAAGAUCAAUACGCAAUGUAGAAAGACGAAGAAUUGCCCAUACUGUGGCGCGGUAAAUGGCCAAAUUAGAAAAGUUGGAGCUCUUAAAAUUGUCCAUGACAAGUUCGUUGCAUACAAUAAGUCAACGUCACAGAAGAAGCAGCCUCCGCCAAGUAAGAUUGAGUUUGAUAACUCCUUUCUGGAAGCUAAGAAACAUGUCCACGACCUGGAUAAGCAUUUGAGGAAAGCUUUCGAGGAUUUGAAUCCCCUCAGGGUUCUGAAUUUGUUUAAGCAGAUCAGCCCUACCGAUUGCGAGCUACUUGGACUUGAUCCUUCAGAGGGACGGCCUGAAAUGUUCUUGUGGCAAUAUCUCCCUGCCCCUCCCGUGUGUAUUCGACCAUCCGUAGCCCAGGAGGGUGCCAGUAAUGAAGACGACCUGACAACCCGCCUUGGAGACAUAGUGUGGGCAUGUGGUCUCAUCCGUGCUGCGCUGGAAAAGGGCACUGCUCUCCAGACCAUAAUGGAACAGUGGGAAUAUAUGCAACUGCAAAUUGCGGUAUAUGUAAACAGCGAUGUUCCCGGUCUACAGAGUAGUGGUAUGAAAACAACGAGGGGUGUAUGUCAGCGUUUGAAAGGAAAGCAGGGUCGAUUCCGUGGUAACCUGUCCGGAAAGCGUGUCGACUUCUCUGGUCGAACUGUCAUCUCGCCCGAUCCAAAUCUUGCUAUUAAUCAGGUUGCCGUACCUGAGCUCGUCGCCAAGAACCUAACAUAUCCCGAAAGAGCCAAUCGCGCAAACAUCGAUAAAUUAAAGCAGUGCAUACUAAAACGGUCCCUACACAAGGAAUCAGCUGCUAGAGAUUUGCGCGAAGGAGACAUAGUUGAACGACAUCUUGAGGACAAUGAUAUUGUCCUUUUUAAUCGACAGCCAUCGCUUCACAAACUUAGCAUUAUGAGCCAUUUUGCCAAAGUUCGACCAUGGAGAACCUUUCGCCUCAACGAAUGUGUGUGCGGACCUUACAAUGCCGAUUUUGAUGGAGACGAAAUGAAUCUCCAUGUUCCCCAGACGGAAGAGGCUCGUGCUGAAGCCAUGGAGCUCAUGGGUGUCAAGCACAAUCUAGCGACGCCGAAGAACGGAGAGCCUAUUAUUGCAGCAACACAGGACUUCAUUACAGCUGCAUAUCUGCUCAGUAGCAAAGAUAAUUUUUACGAUCGCAGGACGUUUACUUAUGUAGUGAUGCAAAUGAUGGACGGUAUCACUCAUCUUGACCUCCCACCUCCAGCUAUUUUUGCUCCUAAGCGACUUUGGACUGGAAAGCAAGUCUUCAGUAUGCUUAUGCGUCCGAACAAGGCCUCACCAGUUAAAGUCAACCUUGAUGCCAAGUGCAAAGAAUUCUCCGAGCCAGAGCCACUCCAGCCAGGCCAAAAGCCUCCGGCGCCGGAUAUGCAGAAGGAGUCUAUUUUUUAUGUCAUCCUAAGAGAUUUCGGUCCGGACGCAGCCGUAACGACGAUGAAUCGAUUAGCCAAGCUCUGUGCGCGAGUGUUGACGAAUCGUGGCUUCUCAAUCGGUAUCGGCGAUGUUUACCCUACUGCGUCUCUUACUGAACAGAAGCAAGCGCUCGUAGAGAAUGCGUACCAACAGUCAGAUGUCUUUAUUGAGCAGUUCAAUGCGAAUAAACUACCGAAAGCUGCAGGAUGCAGUAUGGAAGAAACACUGGAAAAUAAGAUUUCCGGUACCCUCAGCAAAGUUCGUCAAGCCGCGGGAGACUACUGUAUCAAGACAUUGAGUAAGAACAAUGCUCCUUGGAUUAUGGCUUCGUCUGGAUCGAAAGGCUCGGUUAUCAAUGUCGCUCAAAUGGUUGCCGUUGUUGGGCAGCAGAUUAUCGGCGGAAAACGUGUAGCUGAUGGGUUCCAAGAUCGAACUCUCCCACACUUCCAUAAGAACACCCGCCAAGCCCCGGCAAAGGGGUUCGUUCGAAACAGUUUUUACACUGGCCUAGUACCAACUGAAUUCUUAUUCCACGCUAUUUCCGGAAGAGAAGGUCUGGUCGACACGGCCGUCAAAACUGCAGAAACCGGGUACAUGUCUCGUCGUUUAAUGAAGUCGCUAGAAGAUCUUUCAACUCAAUAUGAUGAUACCGUCAGAACCUCUGGCGGAGGUGUAGUACAAUUCCAGUUCGGCGCCGACAAGCUCGAUCCCGUUGACAUGGAAGGUAAAGCUGUACCGGUCAACUUCGCUCGAACUUGGUCACAUGCCGAAAAUCUCACUUGGAAAAAUUCCGAUAAAGCGUUAUUACCUUUUGAGAUCCUGGAGCUUUGCGACUCCAUCUUGAAAAAGGAACGUGACCGUUAUCAGAGACGGGGAUUGUUACACGGAGAACCACUAGAAUACAGAGAUGACAGCGACUAUGCUAUCGAUGAGCACGAGAGUGCUCGAAAGUUCCUGGAUACCGUUUAUGGGCAUAUGGAGGGUUUAGCUAAAAAGUUAUCUAAAUUCCGAGCUGCUGGAGGUCUCGACCCUAUGCUUACCAAACCUUACGGAUCAAUAGCGACAAUACACAGGAAAGAAAAGGGGGCAGUUUUGGCGAUUCCAAAACUGGCGUCGGAGAGGGUCGCAAAGGUUUCCGAACGCACGGUUAGAAAGUUCAUUGCGCUAUGCCUAGAGAAAUAUUCUAAAGCGCGUGUCGAACCGGGCCAUGCAGUAGGAGCAGUGGGUGCUCAGUCAAUCGGUGAGCCAGGAACGCAGAUGACCCUGAAGACUUUCCAUUUUGCCGGCGUUGCCGGAAUGAGUAUUACACAAGGUGUACCACGUAUCAAGGAAAUCAUCAACGCCUCAAAGUUGAUCAGCACGCCAGUUAUAACCUGCCCCCUGCAAAACAACAGACAAAUUGAGGUGGCACAUCUUGUGAGAGCAAGAAUUGAGAAGACAUAUAUCGAGGAUAUUAUUCGAUACGUUGAUGACGAAUGGGGGCCACACAGGGCAUUCAUUACCCUUCAUAUUAACACUGAGGCCCUAGAAGGAAUGCAUCUUGGUAUUGGCCUUGGGGACAUUAAACACGCCAUUUCCAAACAAAAGAAGCUGAAGAUCCUGGAUUCAGAUAUUGAAGUAUUCGAACAAGAUGCAACUAUUGAAGUAACCGUGAGACCUCCAGAUGCGGAUUCAUUAGCCAAACGAGCACCCAAAAGUAAAGCGGCGAUCGCAGAGGCGGCAGCUGACUUGCUCGUUCGAGUGAGUCACCUCAAGCGUGUAUUGCCGUCAGUUUCAAUCUCCGGAUAUCCAGAUGCUACCCGCGCAAUCAUCCAGACCGAAGAAGAUAAGAAAGACAACAAAAUCAACUAUUAUACCGUACUAGUCGAGGGUUAUGGUCUCCGACAGUGCAUAAAUACUGAAGGUGUUAUCGGUACCAAGGUUCGUACAAACAGCAUUCUUGAAUGUCGGGACGUCCUUGGCAUCGAAGCGGCACGAAGUACCAUCGCCGCAGAAAUCACGAGUGUCAUGGGCGAUAUGGAUAUCGAUCCGCGACAUAUGGAGCUGUUAGCCGACGUCAUGACGUAUAAGGGUGAAAUUCUUGGUAUUACUCGGUUCGGUCUAUCUAAGAUGAGAGACAGCGUAUUGCAACUAGCAUCAUUUGAGAAGACGGCAGACCACCUGUUCGAUGCCGCGGCUGGAAUGAAGGCAGAUCGUAUCGAGGGCGUGAGUGAGAAGAUCAUCAUGGGACAGACUAUGUCAGUUGGUACAGGCGCGUUCCAAAUGGUACGGUACUUGGGCCACAGAGAUGAGCAUUUCAAACAGCUACCAACUGCCUUCGAAGAUGCUUGGGCGGAGGAGCAAGAUCUGUAUCGCAAAGUUAAGAAGCGGACUAAGAUAUAA